GAGAAAUCGCUGAACAUUUCGUUGAGAUUGAAAAAGAAAAACUGCACACUCGGUUCAAAUUAAUUAUAUGACAGGUGUGUCUCGUGUGUUCGGUAAAUCAACGUUUUCGGUUUGUAAUGUAUUCAAUGUGUUCGUUGACCACAAGCAGCAAAUUCAUGAUUUUGUAAAUGCGAGAGGAGGAGGUACGAUGACACUCGAUAAACGUUGAACUCUUCGACGACGAAAACGACAAUCAUAAAAUUCGUUAAAUGUUUAACCAAAAAAAUCGGUCGAACAUAUCACCGUUUUUCCUUUCCGUUGCCACAUUACAUUGCACAUAUGUGCGCACGGUUCAUAACAUAUGCUUGCGGCGAAAAUAACAUGUUUCUGUUGAAGUUUCAUCUCAUUUCUGCAUGAGUUUGGUUUUUUUUUAUCCUUCUUCGUUUUCAUAUAUCCAAUUUGUUUUGGUGAAGUACAGAUGAAAAAUGUGCAUGCAAUCAUUUACUCCGUCGGAGUAAUUAUAAAAUUAUCUUUGCAUCGUUUUUGUACGGAUUCGAAAUGAUAUAAGUUGAAUUAGAUAUGAAAUGACACAUAAAAAAAGAAUAAAUUUUUUUUGUGUUCAAUAAAAACUUUCCAUUUUCAUAUGUGCGUAUCGAAGUGUCUGGGUAUUGCGAUUCUGUGUGUUGGACUGGAUGAUUGAAAACGGAGACAAAACGGCGGUUUUCUUUUGAUUUCAUGACACAUUAAGCACAAUUUGAAAUAGAAGAAAAGCAGCAACUGAAUUUUUUUAAAUAUCAGCUUCGAAGCGGUUUCAAAUGCAAGCCCAAACUUCUCUGUCAGCUGCAAGCUCGAAGCGUCAUGUGUAGCGUAAACAAACUCAAGCGGCAUACGGAGGGCGCGAAGCAAAAGACGAUACUUGUUCAGGUUUACUUGCCGCAUAAGCGUCCAACGAAUUUGAAGCGUGCGGUUUACGGUGUGUCGGCUCCGUUUAGUUCAUUCUCAGUACGAGCGUUGCCGAGUACAGUUGAUUUGUUCCUCCUCACAUGUGCUUAUUGUGUUAAAGAAAUACCAAAUUUUUUGUUUUGUUUACGUCUCCAUUGCGCGAAAUAAAUAAAUCGUUUUGAGUGACACUGGAAUAUGUGAUUCGCCUCCUCAUCUCGCUGUUAUCAACGAUUGAACGCCGAGUGUGUGUGCUCAGAAUUUGACGACAUUCAUUCUGUCGAAAGCGUGUAUAAAAACAGAGAUAUUUACCACGUUCGCGUGUGAAGCAAGUGAAAACAAUUUUUUUUAAAUUUCUGUUGUGUUUAUGAAAUUUUUGCAUACAUACACAUACACCACCCAAGAAAAAAAGGCCCACAAACGAAAAUAAAGCAAAACCAUUAACUUGAGUAAAAAAAAACAAGUAAAGUGUUUUAGCGAAGAAAUUUGCGGUAGAAAAGUGUUGGUGGGAAAAGUGUGGAAGGAGAAAAUUUGUGUGUUUUUUUUUGGAAAUUUUACCAACAAAGUAAUUAAAUUUCUAAACAAUAAAAACAACAACGUGCAGAAGAGAAAGAAAAUUUAGUAAUCGGAACAAAUUGGUCGGGCCCUUAAAGUGUGUCAGUGUGAGAAUUUAUUUUUGUGUGUAAUCAGGCAUUUGAGCAAUUUAGCACGGCAAAAUUUCCGCUUUCCAUUUCAACGAAAAACUUCAUUUUUGUAAUCGACGUUAUUUACGGCAAGAAUAUGUCCGUCACACUGAAGAUUCGAUCGAGAUUAAGUUCGGUGGGUGACAGUGCACCGCCAAGUGAAACAUCCGACGGAUCGACAUCGGAAACAUUUGAACAGGGUUCGGACUGGCACCAAACUGAUCAACAACAAAUCAUGACCAACGACUCCAUUUACUCGGGUUCCAGCGAUAUGCACAUGUUAAGCCCAGACACAGGCGGUGCAAUCAACGAAAACGAACGACUUCAAGUUGAAAGUUUUUUCAGCGGUCUUGGAACGGAGGUGUAUGUCUGUCCAUCACUUGCCAACUUAUACGAGACUGUAAACAAAAGUGAUUGGCGCUUAAAAUACACCGGCGUACCAGUUUUAAUACAUGACAAAGGUUCAGCUCGUUCCAGAAAUGUACCACGUGUGACAUUUAUUUUAGCCGAGCGUGGCUCAUGCUUUGCACUAUGGCAAGAUACGAUUGACAAUUUAUCUGCAUACCGUGUUGCCGGACCGGCAUUCCACACAAUGUGUUUAUCAAGUGAUCACACCAAAGUAAUUGGCUUCAGUUUUGAUUCGAAUGAAGCGGCACACGAGAUAUGGACCGGUAUCGAACGAUUGAUUAGCGAUCCCGAGAAUAUUGCACUAAGUGUACCGGGACGCAAGCGUAAGCAACAAAAACGUCCCAAGCCGGCACCAUUGCCGCAAAAAUCACAGAUUUCGCAACCGUGCCAGUUUUCACAUGUGACCAGUGUCACCGCAAACGAUUCACAUCGAUACUUUAGUUUACAAGCAUUUGUGGGCCAAUCGCUUAAUCAUCGAGAGCAUUAGAGAGCGCGAGACCAAUCUGAAACCCAUUGCGGGUUGAGAAACAAAACCGCGUUACACAUUUACAAGUGUUUCAUAUUCAUGUGCUUCGAAUCUACACCACAUUAUACUAUAGAAAGAACUUUGUGUUUUGAAAAUCCUUUUUUUCACAAAUCGUAAACGCGUUUGUUUGAUUUUGCCCGAUAAUGGUCCAUCCGAACAACAAUUACAUAUUAUAUGCCAUACACGAUGUAAUCCAAUUUUGUUUGUUAAGUUUUAUCGUAAGAGAGCUAGUACGAUUGACAAAAAUAUGCAUGGACGAAAAUUGGUUCCGGUUCAAUGAUAAAUACUAUCGUCAGAACUUUGGUUGCAGCAUGGGAUCAUCUUUGAGUCCAUUUUUGGCGAAUUUAUUCGUGUCACAUUUCGAGACAACGCUGAAGAAAGAGGGCAUAUUUCCACGUGUGUGGUUAAGAUACGUUGACGAUGUUUAUGCAAUCAUCAAAAAACAUCAAUUGAGGAGCCUGCUUAAACGAUUAAACAACACCAAAUAUCCAACUAUAAAAUUCACACAUGAAGAAGAACAAGAUGGAAAAUUGAACUUUCUCGAUUUGUGUGUAACAAGGAAUGGAUCGAAACUGGAAUAUGAUAUUUAUCGUAAACCAUCAGCUACGGAUAGAUACAUCACUUCCGAUUCACAUCAUCCAUUCGAGCAUAAAAUCGCGAGUUUUCAUUCAAUGUUGUUUAGAGCUGUGAACGUACCACUCAAGGAAGAGAGAUUCAAUACAGAAAUUCAACUAAUCAAACAAAUUGCUAACGUAAAUGGAUAUACUGAACAGUUGAUUGACGAUCUUUUAAAGUCACAUAUAAGGAAAAAAGAGCUACGAAACCAUACAACACUAAAUUUAAUUCGUGAUGACACUAAUAAUGAUUUAAUUUGGAAGGGUUUUUCAUAUAAUCCAUCAUGUUCAAGUAAAUUAAAAUCAAUUUUUCACAAAUAUGACAUAAAAUUGGCCGAACAUAAUCCUUUAAAUUUAAAAAGUAUAAUUGGCGGAUCUAAAGAUAAAAUUAAAUUUUGCGAAAAAUCGGGUAUUUACAGCAUUAAAUGUGAAGUUUGUAAUAAAGAAUAUAUUGGCCAAAGUAAGAGAGCAAUUUUGAAAAGAUACAAAGAACAUUGUAAUCAUAUAAAAAAUAAUGAGCCUUUAAAAUCAAGCGUAGCACAACAUAUACUAGAAACGGGCCAUACAAUCAGUUUAAAUAGUUUAAAGUUAAUAAGAAGCGUAAACAAAAGCAGCGAAUUAGAUGCAAAUGAGGCAAUUUUAAUUCAUAAAAAUAGAGACAAUUUAUUGAAUGGUGAUGAUGGGCCGAUUAAAGAGCCAAUAUUUAAACAUUUUCUGUAGUUAAAAUAAUUUCGGUAACCUUUGGAAACAAAGUCAAAUUCAUAACUUUUCAAUUUUAUAUCCAUUGCUUUUUAUGUCACAUGAAUUUUUGAGUGAACGCUAGUUGAUAUUUCAAACUCACUGAGGAUGGAAGCAUUGCUUCCGAAAUGUACAUCUGAGUGUAACUCAAUAAAGUGUAUCAUUUGUUGAAUCAAAACAAUUUUUUCUAUUAAAUAAAAUACACGAUAAAACCUCAAAAUCAAAACAACAAUUUUUUCUAUUAAGUUUUAUCGUUUAAGUGAAUUAGAAUUAUGACCUCCUUAGACCAGGAUCUUAGUUUGAAUACAAAUUGUUUUCGAUACAAUAAAAAUAUUCAAUUGUUUAAUUUUGCAAAUGCAACCUUUUGAAGUUGCGCCAAAUAAUUUCCGAAAAAUGUCCUAUUAAUCAAUUGGACAUUUUGAUUUGGCGCUGAUAACAUUUUAAGUUUUUCAUGGGAUAUUCAUGAAUUAGAAUGAUUUCUUUUUUUGUUUAGCUUAGUUUGAAUUGUAAAGAAAAAUUCUUCACACGAAGAAUACUUUGAUCUAGACUUUGAUUGUCCUAUUAUUUUAAUUUCGACAAAUUUCUAAAUCAAAAGCAGAUGUGCAGUGACAAAAUAAUCUACACCGAAGAUUCUUUAUUUUUAAGAAAUGAUUCAUGUUGUUUUUUUAAAGAUGUUUACCUGUGAUACAAAUUAAUUAUGACUUUCACUCCAAAUUACAAAAGUGGCAAAAUGAAUUAGGUUUUGAAAUGGCUUAACAAUACAGAGUGUCAAAUUUUAUUAUUAUUCCUUGGAAUACCAAUAAACCUGAACCAGGUUACCUGAUGAAAAAUUCACACUAUAGAGAAUUGAGUCGACGGCACUGGUCAUUUGAGAGGAAGGAAUGUAUUACUUGGCUAUGUCCGUGAAUCAAAAGCGUGAAUCAAAAGCGAGAAUCAAACCAUAAACCAACUAUUCAUAAGUAGAAGGCGAACCUAACCGAAGUGUACGCAAAAGCUGCCCUUGUUCGCAAAUGAGACAGUUUAUACUGCGACAUUUCGAUUUUUUUGGCUGUAAUUUCAAUAACAACAUGUUUCUCUUCUGCGUACGAAGGUAUGCAUAUUUCUCUAUCUACACACUUCGAUUAAGUUCUCCUCUUACUCGCAACGGUUCAAAUGAUUAUUCUUGUGAAAUGAACUUUUGAUCAUAAAUGAAUAUUCUUUUAAAAUAUAUUUCGCGUAAAAAUAUAUUAUUUUCGUAAAAUAUCGAGAAAAAAAAACAAAUUUUUCGCAAAUCCAAAAGUAUGAAUCAGCUCUCAAUGACCUUGAACCAUUCAAUUCUAUUUUGCAUGACUAUUUUCAAAAAAGAAAAAAAAAACACCAGAUUCACUUUCAAAAACUAUUUGAUUUAAAAAAUAAAAAUUUAUAAAGCACAAUAUGUGCUGCACAACUAAAUAUAGAAUAUGCAAACAAUUUACCUGAUUAUUCCCUUUCGGUAUUUUUAUCAAAAAAAUAAACGACGAGAUUCGAAGUUUCAUAGUCAGAAAAUCGUUUGAAAUUUUUACGAAUAUUUGGAAAAAUGCAAAAAAAAAUCACACGAUAUAAACAAAGAAAAAUAUUUAUAUAAAGUUCACAUUAAAGAUUUAGAAUAGUGGAUGUUGAGCGACAAAAAACAAAGUCACACUAUUUACUGUAGCAGAAAACAAGAAUGUUUAACAUGACCCACAACGGCACGUACCUUCAAUUGAAACAGCAUACACCUCGUAUAAGAACCAAAUUUUCUUGUGGCGCCAUCUAGAUGGCUUGAGGGGCGCAAUGUAUUUUAAAUUGUUAGCUAAGUUUUUUCAGCUUAGUACAGAACCAUUUUUGGCAAAGAUACAAAAGCAUGCUCGAGGUAUGCAACAAAUGAAUUAAAUGAAUGUUUUUCAGAUAUUUUAAAACGAUUACGCAAUCAAUUUAAAGAAAAAUCCCCAUAAUUAUCUAUUGUAUCGAUGAAUCAGAUCAAAAAAAAAUCAAUAAAGAGAGAUUAGUGUUAAUGUA